UUGACAAAAUUUUUCAGAAGCGCAUCGUUAAGAGGGAGCCCAUUCCAACCUCCGCCAUCAUCUGUGGCACAGUUUCCGAGUGUGCCCAAUUUUCCACCGAACACACAAGCAGUGAAUGGCUUACCACAGAAUGGUCCAGUCACGACGGCACAACCUUAUGCUAACGUGAAUGGGCCGUCAUCUGCCUUCAAGCCUUUCGGCACUGCUCCAACUCCGCCUAUUCCUCCCGGCGCUACUCCGACUCCACCCAUUCCUCCAUCAUUUCCUGGACCCCAUACGACUAUGCCUUCACCUGCAUAUCCUCUAGGCAAUGCUACACCCACACCACUUAUCCCUUCAUCCUUUGCUGGAAUCAAUUCAGCCAUACCUCCUCCAGCAAAUCCUGCAGGUACAGCAACGCCGCCCAUUCCUCCAUCAUUUCCGGGAGGAAGUGUGUUUCCACCUGCUCCUCAAAGGCCAGUUCAUCCUGGGACUUAUCAGCCAGCCGCUGGGCUUCCUCCUGCUCCUGUCAGCCAAAAUAACUCAUACAACCACCAGACUUCGUCACCUUUUCCGGCACAAGGAAUGCCACCUCCGAUGCCUCCAAUGCCUCCUAUUCAAGCUAAGGCCUACCAUGCUCCGUCAACGCAUCCUGCUCCGUCGACACCUACUGCAGGAAUGCCGCCUAGUAUGAAUCAAAUGCAACAAGGAUUCAGCCAAAUGAAUAUGGGCCCUAUGACAACUGCACCGCAUCAAGCCCACCCUUCAUGGACCGGAGCAUAUCAAAAUGAUUCUCGUAUGGCAUCCAGCCCUCCGUACCAGUCGGACAUCGUUGAUCUGAUGGCGGAAAGAAAUAUUUUGCAAUCUGGGUUCGAUGAUAUUGAGUACAGUCUUCCGCAUAACAUGGCUAACAACACGGCACGAGUGGAUCCAGCGUAG